GAACAUCCCUAACCGUAACUAACAUUUGGAUUUAUAAAAGCACAAUAACAAUUAAUGCUUUUCCCAGCCUAAAGCAUACAAGCAAAAAUAUCAACCAUCAUGCUCAACUUCAGUUUAUUGUGCUUUUCUUUGCUUAUCGUCCUCUUGUUCACCACCACAAUUGCACAGCCAUACAAUGCCACCGAUUUCUUCCUCCUUGACUGCGGUUCAUCCACCGCCACGACCUCCGACAGAAAGUGGGACGGAGAUGAUCGUUCACAAUUCGUACCCUCAAACAUCACCACGACCUCUUUUUCAUCCGCCACAGACAACCUAGAUCCUUCAGUUCCCCAAAUCCCUUAUUCCACAGCCCGAAUCUUUAAUACUUCCUCAUUCACCUACACAUUUCCUGUCUCACAAGGUCCCAAAUUCCUCCGCCUCUAUUUCUAUCCAGCCACCUAUUCCGGUCUCAAUGCAAACCAAUCUUUCUUUUCUGUGUCAUCCAAUGGCUAUACUCUCUUAUCUAACUUUAGCGCUUUCUUAACCGCAUCCUAUAUGGGAAGAACUGGCGGUCCCCGGGUUCCUCAUAUUGUUAAAGAAUUUGUCCUCUAUGUAAAAGAUACCCAAAUCUUAAAUGUUACUUUUACACCCAUGCCCAACUCAUAUGGCUUCAUCAAUGGUAUUGAAAUUCUCUCAAUGCCUGAAAAUCUGUAUUUUAAAUCUAACAACAUGAAAUACGUCGACCAAAUUACUGGGCCUGUGAUUAAUGAAGACGUGGCUCUCGAAAAUAUAUAUCGUCUAAACGUUGGUGGAGGACAAAUAUCAGUUAACAACGAUGUGGGUAUGUACCGAUCAUGGAAUCAAGAUAAUAACUACAUAUAUGGAGCAGCAUAUGGGUUAACACCUGUUACUAAUACUCCAAUUAUUUACACCAUGGAGACACCAAAUUAUACCGCACCUGAGCUAGUUUACGCUACCCAAAGGAGUAUGGGCAAAUUGUCAGAAUUGUAUAAUUUGACUUGGAUACUUCCAGUUGAUUCAGGGUUCUAUUACAAGCUCAGGCUCCAUUUUUGCAACAUUAUACCACAAUACACAAAAGCAGGUCAGGUGCUAUUUACUGUCUACAUUAAUAAUCAAACUGCUGAGAAACAAAUGGAUCUAUUCUACUUGACUCCGGGUAGCGGGUAUCCUACAUUCAAGGAUUACCUAGUGUUUGCGUAUGACGCAGAUGGCCGACAAACUAAGCAAGAUUUGUGGGUCGCCAUGCACCCUAACCCCAGUUCUGCAGCAUAUCUUGAUGCUUAUUUGAAUGGUUUGGAAGUCUUCAAGUUAAGCAUGGACGGUAAUCUUGCUAGUCCCAACCCAGAACUUAUGCCUGCAGCCCCACUACCCAGGCUACCAUCUCUUGUUGACACAAAGAGAACACCACCAUAUGCCGCCAUAAUUGGAGGUAUUGUAGGAGGGUUAGUCUUCUUUACCGUGUUAGCUCUCGUAGCUAUGUGGAAAAGGCAAAUCAAAUUCUUUGAUAUUGAUGGUGACAAGUCAUCUUUGUGCCCCACUACCGAUAAAUCAAAAUCCACAAAGCCUCUCCAUCCAUCAUUACAAUCAGAUCGCUGCCGUCGCUUUUCACUUAUGGAGAUGAAAGUUGCUACCUGUGAAUUUAAUGAGAACUGUGUUAUUGGAAAAGGAGGAUUUGGUAAGGUGUAUAAAGGGUACAUUGACAAUGCUACUAAAAUUGUUGCAAUCAAAAGGCUGGACUCAAAAUCCAAACAAGGUUUGCAUGAAUUCCUAACAGAAAUUGGAUUCCUGUCCAAAUUACGUCAUGUCCAGCUAGUGUCCCUGAUUGGAUACUGCAAUGACAAGGAAGAGAUGAUACUGGUGUAUGAUUUCAUGGCUCAUGGGACUCUACGUGACCAUCUCUACAAGAAUUAUAACACUCCUUUGCCAUGGAAAAAACGUCUUCAUAUCUGCAUUGGUGCAGCCAAAGGGUUGCAACAUCUCCACACUGGUGCAAGCCGUGUAAUAAUGCAUCGUGAUAUCAAGUCCACAAACAUUUUACUGGAUGAAAAUUGGGUCGCUAAGUUAUCUGAUUUCGGUCUGUCAAAGCUAGGCUCAAAGGACAAAGCAAAAAAACAUGUUACCACAAUGGUGAAGGGUACCCUUGGGUAUAUGGAUCCUCAAUAUUACCAAACAGAGCAAAUCACGGACAAAUCUGACGUGUACUCCUUCGGGGUUGUUUUGUUAGAGGUGUUGUGUGCAAGGCCUCCUAUCCUUAAAAAUAAAGAGUUGCCCUUACUACAAGUGAAUCUGGCAGAAUGGGGAAAGUCUCAUUAUCAGAAAGGUACCCUGCAUCAGAUAAUUGAUCCAUGCCUAAGUGGUGAGAUUGCACCAAAGUGCUUAAUGAAGUUCGGGGAGGUAGCAUAUAGUUGCUUGAAAAAGUAUGGAAGUGAACGUCCGGCUAUGGAUGAUGUAGUUUCGGGAUUAGAGUUUGCAUUGCAGCUACAAGAAGAUGCUGAAAAAAUGGAUGGCAUGUUUGGUGAGGCCAUGUUAGAAAAUCAAGAAGUUUCAGUUUAUAAGGAAGGAGAACCAACCACAACUGAUGAAUCGGGGUUAUUUGGUUCAACUAGAGUAGCACUAAGACAUGGCACACCGUCAACUGAUGAUAGCAACAAAGUAUACGACUCAAACAAUCUAGAUGAAUCCUUUCAUGUACAAAAUUGAUUUUUUAGGCCAUAGAAGAACAAGCUUCAAUUAGUUAUCAUUUCACUCAUGCUAAUAUGCUUUAUAUUGGCUAUAAACUUGAUUGAAUUGGGGAACAUCCUUUUCACUUCAAUAGGUAGAAGGCCGUAUAAAGAUUGUUAUGUAUUCCAGUAAAAGGUGAAAUCUGAUCAGAUUGUCAUUAGUAGUAA